GCUUAAUUUUUCUAUCAUGAACGGUCAGGAGACUACGGAAACCAAGAAUAUGUUGAAGUGUCGCGAGCAGCUGUAUCGAAUGAUGAUAAGUCAACUUUUCUACGACGGGCAUCAUGCGGUUGCGGUAGAGCUAACCAAUGUAGUGCGGGCCGAUCCACCCUGUCCACCGAGCGAUCGAUUGAUGAACAUGUUCAAGGAGGCAAUCCAUAUCGAACAAACCAAAGAAAGCAAUCUGUUCGAUGAUUUACCCUGCGGACUGGAUCUGGAGUUUGAAACGGAAGGCUCGACGUUAGCACCGGAACCGGCAUCCUACGAAACGGCUUAUGUAACGUCCCACAAGCAAGCGUGUCGGGCGGGUUGUUUCAGCGGCGAUGGUCAGCUUGUGGCCACCGGCAGCUUGGACGCGAGCAUUAAAAUCCUCGACGUGGAUCGUAUGCUUGCCAAAUCGGCGCCGGAAGAUAUGGAAGCGGGUCGUGAACAGCAUGCCCAUCCGGUUAUUCGAACACUGUACGACCACACGGAUGAAGUGUCGUAUUUGGAGUUUCAUCCCAAGGAACAAAUUCUUGCUUCCGGUUCGCGUGACAAUACCGUCAAACUGUUCGACAUAUCGAAGGCAUCGGUCAAAAAGGCUCACAAGGUGUUGAGCGAUUGUGUACCGGUCCGGUGUAUCGCAUUUCAUCCGACAGGCGAUUACAUGGCUGUCGGUACGGAGCACAACGUAUUGCGAAUGUACGACAUACAGACGGCACAGUGCUUUGUUGGUGCAAUCCCUUCUCAACAGCACAACAGCUCGAUUACGUGUGUUCGAUUCGCAGCCAAUGCGAAAGUGUAUGCAACGGGCAGUUUGGACGGGUCGAUCAAGCUGUGGGACGGUGUUAGCAGCCGGUGUAUAAACACGUUUGCACAGGCACACGAUGGAGCUGAAAUUUGCUCUGUAGUGUUUACGAAAAAUGGCAAAUACUUGCUCUCAUCUGGACAAGAUUCACUGGUAAAGCUUUGGGAACUGAGUACAAGCCGCUGUCUGAUUGCGUACACCGGAGCUGGCACAACGGGCAAGCAAGAACAUCAGACGCAAGCCAUCUUUAACCACACCGAAGAUUAUGUUCUGUUUCCGGACGAAGCAACCACGUCGCUGUGCGCAUGGAAUUCCCGAAACGCGUCCCGCUGUCAUCUGAUGUCGUUGGGGCACAAUGGAGCAGUACGACAUAUUGUGCAUUCGCCAACACAAUCCGCUUUUCUCACCUGUUCGGACGAUUAUCGUGCACGUUUCUGGGUGAAACGUACAACAUCCCACUAG